AUGUCUUCUUGUCGCUGGGAGCCACAGUCGUUGAUCCCGUCGCUUCCCGAAGACGUCAUCCUUGACAUCAUAGCGCGUGUAUCAAGAUUCGAAUAUCCAAUUCUCUCCCUCGUCUCAAAGCACUUCCGAUCUCUCGUUGAGUCGCCUGAGAUAUACGCGAGGCGAUCUUUGUUGGGCUGCACCGAACAUUGUCUCUAUGCUCUCGUCUAUGACAUCGACAUCGGUGUCAACCGUUGGUAUAUUCUCUGUCGAAAAGCCAAUGGCAAUAGCCGUUUGGUGCUUAUCCCUUCACUGCCUGUUAUGCCUCACGGUGGAAGCUUUGUCGCAGUGGGCUCGAGGAUAUAUGUGGUUGGUGGUGUUACAAUGAAGAUAGGACAACUAGUGCAAACACAAAAGUGGGAGAAACCUGGGAUUAUAAAGGCAGACAUUGAGCUUGGUUACACGUAUUAUUAUGGUUGUGUGAUGAUGGCUGAUAAGUUGUAUAUGAAGGAUGAUGACAACAGCUUUGUUUACGCUCCAGAGGAAAAUAAAUGGGAAAUAGACAAGAUGUUGAAUUUAAUGAAGUGGAACAAUGCGUGUGUGGAUGAUCAAGUAUUGUACUUCUUUGAUUGUGGUGAGAACAAUUUAAGAAGGUAUGAUCCGAAGAAGAGGUGUUGGGGAGUGGUGAAUGGUUUGGAAGAGUUGUUGGCUAAGACAAGACUUGCAUGGUGGUCAAAGACUACGAGUUACGGUGGGAGGCUGGCUUUGUUUUUUGACCCUAAUGGAGAAGAAGUAAAAACAAGAGAGAUUUGGUGUGCGGAGAUUUUGCUGGAAAGACCUCAUGGAGGAGAUAUUUGGGGAAAAGUUAGUGGUGUGAUAUUGUUUUGCCAGGGAAAUUUCUCUUGA